CGGGCAGUUCGCGCGGCGGCGGCGGCGGCUGUGGAGACCGGAGGUUCUGCGGGUGAGGGAGCGCGCGGCGUCCACCAAGCUGGUGAAGCUUUAUCCUAAGAGUGUGUUUUGUCUAGUUUUUGAACCCAAAUUAUACAUUUGUAAAUGUUACAGAAGCGUUAAAAGACUGCUCUGUCAUGAGCACUGACAGUAACUCAUUGGCACGUGAAUUUCUGACUGAUGUCAACCGGCUUUGCAAUGCAGUGGUUCAGAGGGCAGAGGCCAGGGAAGAAGAAGAGGAGACACAUAUGGCUGCCCUGGGACAAUACCUUGUUUAUGGGCGAGGAUUUCUGUUACUUACCAAGCUAAAUUCUAUCAUUGAUCAGGCGCUGACAUGCAGGGAAGAGCUCCUGACUCUGCUUCUCUCGCUCCUUCCCCUGGUAUGGAAGAUCCCUGUUCAGGACCAACAGACAACAGAUUUUAACCUGCCAUUGUCGUCUGAUAUAAUCCUGACCAAAGAAAAACAUUCAGGUUCACAAAGAUCUACUCAGGGAAAAUUAUAUUUAGAAGGAAGUACUCCACAUGGUCAAGUUUCUGCAAAAGUAAACCUUUUUCGAAAAAGCAGACGACAGCGUAAAAGUACCCAUCGCUACUCUGUCAGAGAUGCAAGAAAGACACAGCUCUCCACCUCUGACUCAGAAGGCAAUUCUGAUGAGAAAAGUCCAGCCGUGAGUAAGCAUAGGCGGCCCCACGUGCUGCAGCGCUUUGUAGUGCAGCCUCCUAAGGGCCACCUUACAGCUCAACUCGACUCGCUUGUAACCAAAGAGCAGACUCCUGACACCAUGGCUUUGGAAAGUUCCAGAGACAUCAUUCCAAGACUAGAGUCUAAUUCUGAUAUUUUAAGUGAGCCAGCUGCCUUGUCUAUUCUCAGUAACAUGAAUAAUUCUCCAUUUGACUUAUGUCAUGUCUUGUUAUCUUUACUGGAAAAAGUCUGUAAGUUUGACAUUGCUUUGAAUCAUAACUCUGCCCUGGCAGCCAGUGUAGUACCCACCCUGACUGAAUUCCUAGUGGGUUUUGGAGACUGCUGUAAUCUCAAUGACUAUGUAGAGAGCCACGUGCUGUCUGCAGGUUGGACUGAAGAGCCAGUUGCUUUGGUUCAACGGAUGCUCUUUCGAACAGUACUGCAUCUCAUGUCAGUAGAUAUUAAUACUGCAGAGGCAAUGCCAGAAAGUCUUAGGAAACAUUUAACCGAAUUGCUCAGGGCUGCUUUAAAAAUCAGAGCAUGCCUAGAGAAGCGGCCUGACCCGUUUGCACCAAGAUCAAAAAAAACACUACAGGAGGUCCAGGAGGGCUUUGUGUUUUCCAUGUAUCGCCAUAGAGCCCUGCUUCUUCCUGAGCUUCUGGAAGGAGUUCUACAGAUCCUGAUCUGUUGUCUUCAGAGUGCAGCUUCAAAUCCCUUCUACUUUAGUCAAGCCAUGGACUUGGUUCAAGAGUUCAUUCAGCACCAAGGAUUUAACCUAUUUGAGACAGUGGUUCUUCAGAUGGAAUGGCUGGUGGCAAGAGAAGGAGUCCCUCCUGAGGCCUCAGAACAUUUGAAAGCCCUCAUCAGCAGUGUGCUGAAGAUCAUGAGCACUGUCAAAAAAGUGAAAUCAGAGCAACUUCACCACUCGGUGUGUCCUAGAAAACGGCACCGGCGCUGUGAGUAUUCCCACUUUAUGCAUCAUCACCGGGAUCUCUCCGGUCUUCUAGUUUCUGCUUUUAAAAACCAGCUUUCCAAAAACCCAUUUGAAGAGACUGCGGAUGGAGAUGUUCAUUACCCUGAGCGCUGCUGUUGCAUUGCGGUGUGUGCCCACCAGUGCCUGCGCUUGCUGCAGCAGGCUUCCCUGAGCAGCACCUGCAUCCAGAUUCUGUCAGGGGUGCACAGUGUUGGCAUAUGCUGCUGCAUGGACCCCAAAUCUGUGAUUGUCCCUUUGCUCCAUGCCUUUACAGUGCCAGCGCUGAAACACAUUCAGCAGCAGAUACUGAAUAUCCUUAACAAACUUAUUUUGGACCAGUUAGGAGGAGCAGAAAUAUCACAGAAAAUUAAAAAAGCUUCUUGCAACAUCUGUACUGUUGACUCUGAUCAACUGGAAGAGACUCUGCAGGGUAACUCGUGUGAUGACCAGACUCCUUCUAGCUUACUCAGCCCCUCCUACAGAUACCAAGGCAUCCUGCCCAGCAGCGGGUCUGAAGACUUGCUGUGGAAGUGGGAUGCACUAGAGGCUUAUCAGAAAUUUGUUUUUGAAGAAGACAGAUUACAUAAUAUACAUAUUGCAAAUCACAUUUGCAGUUUAAUCCAGAAAGGCAAUGCAGUUGUGCAGUGGAAACUGUAUAAUUACAUAUUUAGUCCUGUGCUCCAAAGAGGAGUUGAAUUAGCACAUCACUGUCAACACCAGAGCAUCUCAUCAACUCAGACUCCCAGGAGUAGCUAUCAGAAACAGUGUGUGCCUCAGGAAGUGCUUCAGAUCUACCUAAAAACUCUGCCUGGCCUGCUCAGAUCCAGGGUAAUAAGAGAUUUAUUUUUAAGUUGUAAUGGAGUAAGUCAAAUAAUUGAAUUAAAUUAUCUAGAUGCUAUACGAAGCCAUUCCCUAAAAGCAUUUGAAACUCUGAUAAUCAGCCUGGGGGAACAACAGAAAGAUGCUUCAGUCCCAGGUAUUGAUGGACUAGACACUGAGCAGAAGGAGUUGUCAUCUUUAAGUGCAACUCCUUCCUUUUCUAGCCAACAGGCUUGUUCAGAUGCUCCUCAGAGCCUCCGCAAGUUCUAUGCCACUCUCAAAGAAGCUUAUCCAAAGAAACAGAAGACUUUUCACCAGGAUGUUCAUAUCAAUACCAUAAACCUCUUCCUCUGUGUGGCAUUUUUAUGUGUAAGUAAAGAAGCAGAGGCUGAUGGGGAGUCAGCCAAUGAAUCCGAGGACACAUCUGGCUAUGAUAGUACAGCCAGUGAGCCUUUAAGUCACAUGAUGCCAUGUCUGUCUCUUGAGAGCCUUGUCUUGCCGUGUCCCGAACGUUUGCAUGAAGCAGCAGAUGUUUGGUCAAUGUGCCAUUGGAUUUACAUGUUGAGCCCAGUCUUCCAGAAACAGUUUCAUAGGCUUGGUGGUUUCCGAGUAUGCUAUAAGUUGAUAUUUAUGUUAAUACAGAAAUUAUUCCAUAGUCAGGAGGAGGAGCAAGGAACAAGGCAGGGAGAUUUGACUGUAAAUGAAAACCAAGAUCUGAUGAGAACCUCUCCAGCUAAGAUUACAUUGAAGGAAGACUUACCACCUUUACCUGCAAAACAUGACCCCAUUGCAUCAGAACUGGGAAGUCUAAGAGACAAUGCGGAUAGCAUAGGUAUAUUAGAGACACAGCAUAUUUCCUGUACAAAUAUGGAACAAGUUUCAGCUAUUGAAGCUGCUUCUGAGGAAGCAGAGGUGUUCAUGAAUGGAGGAAAGGAGGCUUCACUUCAGAGCAUAAGACUUUUGGAAGCCCUUCUGGCCAUUUGUCUUCAUAGUGCCAGGACAAGUCAGAAGAUGGAACUGGAGUUACCUACUCAGAACUUGUCUGUGGAAAGUAUACUGGGUGAGAUGAGGAACCAUCUUUUCAAGUCAAAGGUGACUGAAACUGAGUUAGCAAAGCCUUUAUUUGAUGCCUUACUUCGAGUAGCCCUGGGGAGUCACUCAGCACACUUGGACCAUAAUGACACUAUGACUGAGAAGAGUCAUCCGUCUGGGGAAGAAUUGUCAUCCCAGCCUGGAGAUUUUUCAGAAGAAGCUGAAGAUUCUCAGUGUUGUAGUUUCAAACUUCUGAGUGAAGAAGGAGGUUAUGAAGCAGACAGUGAGAGCAAUCCUGAGGAUGGUGAAGUUGAGGAUGGCGGGGUAGAAAUAAAACCUGAAGCAGAAGGUUUCUGUGCAUCAGUAGGUCUCAAUGACUUACUUGAAAACCUCACUCAAGGGGAAAUAAUCUAUCCUGAGAUUUGUAUGCUGGAAUUAAAUUUACUUUCUGCUAGCAAAGCCAAGCUAGAUGUGCUCACUCAUGUAUUUGAGAGUUUCUUAACAAUUAUCAGACAGAAGGAAAAGAAUAUUUUUCUGCUCACGCAGCAGGGAACUGUGAAAAACCUUCUAGGAGGAUUCUUGAGUAUUUUUACACAAGCUGAUUCUGAUUUUCAAGGAUGCCAGAGAGUAUUGGUGGAUCUGCUAGUAUCUUUAAUGAGCUCAAGGACAUGUUCAGAAGAUCUAACCCUUCUUUUGAGGAUAUUUCUGGAAAAAUCUCCUUGUAUAGAAAUUCUUCUUCUGGGUAUUUUGAGAAUUGUUGAAAGUGAUGCUGCCAUGAGCCCUUCACAGUAUCUGGCCUUCCCCUUGCUGCACACUCCAAGUUUAAGCAAUGGUGUCUCAUCACAAAAGUGUCCUGGCAUUCUGAACAAUAAAGCCAUGGGCUUCCUGAGAAGGGCACGGAUUUCCCAGGGCAGGAAAGAAGCUGGCAGAGAAGGUUUUCCCCAUCAUCUCCUUUCCUCUUGGCACAUAGCCCCAGUCCACUUGCCGUUGCUGGGGCAGAACUGCUGGCCACAUCUGUCAGAAGGUUUCAGUGUUUCUCUGUGGUUUAAUGUGGAGUGUGCCCAUGAAUCUGAGAGUACUGCAGAAAGAGGAAAGAAAAGGAAGAAAAAGAACAGAUGGUUGGUUUUACAGGACAGUAGUUUGGAUGGAACAGAGAGCGACAGAACAGACGGUGGUGAUUCCAUAGACCCUGGUGAAAGACUAAUAGAAGAAGGUUGUGUUCAUCUGAUUUCAGUGGGAUCCAAAGCAUUGAUGAUCCAAGUGUGGGCCAGUCCCCACAGGGGCACUUUUACCUUUCGCAUGUGCAUGGACUCAAACGAUGAUGCAAAAGCUGUUUUACUAGCACAAGCUGAAUCACAGGAGAAUAUUUUCUUUUCAAGCAGAUGGCAACAUUUAGUUCUCACCUACCUACAGCAGCCACAAGGGAAGAAGAAUGUUCAUGGGAAAGUCUCCAUCUGGGUCUCUGGGCAGAGGAAGUCUGAUGUCAUUUUGGAUUUUGUGCUUCCAAGAAAAACAAGCUUAUCAUCUGAUAGCAACAAAACAUUCUGCAUGAUUGGCCAUUGUUUGUCAUCCCAAGAAGAGUUUUUGCAGUUGGCUGGAAAAUGGGAUCUGGGAAAUUUGCUCCUCUUCAAUGGAGCUAAAAUUGGUCCACAAGAAGCCUUUUACCUUUAUGCUUGUGGACCCAACCACACAUCAGUAAUGCCAUGUAAGUAUGGCAAGUCUUCCAUAGACUACUCCAGGUAUAUUAAUAAAGACAUACUGCGGUGUGAGCAAGUCAGAGAGCUGUUUAUGACCAAGAAACAGGUGGACCUUGGCCUCUUAAUUGAAAGUCUUUCAGUUGUGUAUACAACUUACUGCCCUGCUCAGUACACAAUCUAUGAGCCAGUGAUUAGACUCAAAGGUCAAGUGAAAGCCCAGCUUUCUCAAAGACCCUUCAGCUCAAAAGAAGUCCAGAGUAUCUUACUAGAACCUUCUCAGCUGAAGACCCUCCAGCCUACCAAGUGCCAGACUAUCCAGGGCAUCCUGCAUGAGAUCGGUGGAGUGGGUACAUUUGUAUUUCUCUUUGCUAGGGUUGUUGAACUAAGUGGCUAUGAAGAAACUCAAGCAUUAGCACUGCAAGUGAUGCUGUCUCUAAUUAGAUACAGUCAACAGAGAGUACAUGAACUAGAAAAUUGUAAUGGCCUUUCUAUGAUUCAUCAGGUGUUAAUCAAACAGAAGUGCAUUGUUGGCUUUCGAAUUUUGAAGACCCUUCUGGAAGGCUGCUGCGGUGAAGACAUCAUCCACAUCACUGAAAAUGGAGAAUUUAAGUUGGAUGUUGAGUCAAAUGCUAUUAUCCAAGAUGUUCAGCUAUUAGAGCAAUUGUUGCUUGACUGGAAAAUGUGGAGUAAAGCAAAGCAAGGAGUGUGGGAAACUCUGCUAGCUGCACUAGAAGUCCUCAUUCGGGUUGAGCACCCGCAGCAGCACUUUAAUAUUAAGCAGCUACUGAAAGCUCAAGUGGUUCAUCGCUUCCUACUGACCUGUCAGGUUUUGCAGGAACACAAAGAGGGGCAGCUUACAUCCAUGCCCCGAGAGGUUUGUAGAUCAUUUGUGAAAAUUAUUGCAGAAGUCCUUGGAUCUCCUCCGGAUUUGGAAUUAUUGACAGUUAUCUUCAAUUUCCUUUUAGCAGUUCACCCUCCCACUAAUACUUACGUUUGCCACAACCCCACAAACUUCUACUUUUCUUUGCACAUAGAUGGCAAGAUCUUUCAGGAAAAAGUCCAGUCAAUUAUGUACUUGAGACACUCCAGCAGUGGAGGGAGAUCCCUUGCCAGCCCUGGGUUUCUGGUGGUUAGCCCAUCUGGUUUUACUGCUUCCCCAUCUGAAGGAAACAACGCCUCCAGUAUUAUUCCACAGCAGACAGCGGCCCACAUGCUGCGUUCUAGAAGCCUGCCAGCGUUUUCUACCUCUUCCCCUCCAGUGCAGCCACACAAACUGAGUAGAAGUUUGGGCUGUAGUAUUGACAAGUUACAAAACACUGUAGAUACCUUCAUUGCCACCCAGCCUGAGAAACUGACUCCUUCGGGGAGUUCAGACAUGCUGAAAACUGGUAAAGAGGAUUCGUUUAUCAGUAGCUGUGAGUCUGCAAAAGCAGUUUGUGGAGUGGAAGCUGUUCUUGGACCCCAAGCCUCUGCCAAUGGUGUCCCCACAGGAGCACUGGGGGUCCUGGUAGCUAGAGUAGACAGUAACAACCUGGAGGCAGAGCCCAGAUGGGAUGGUGACAGUCCUGGGGAAGAGUCCUGCCCACGCCGACCUGAUCACCUGAAGGGACUGGCCUCCUUCCAGCAAAGCCACAGCAUGAUUGCAAGCCUCGGGCUAGCUUUUCCUUCACAGAAUGGAUCUGCCACGGUUGGCCGGUGGCCGAGUCUUGUUGAUAGGAAUACUGAUGAUUGGGAGAACUUUGCCUUUUCUCUUGGUUACGAGCCAAAAUACAGCCGAGCUGCAAGUACUCACAGUGUAACUGAAGACUGCUUGGUACCUAUAUGCUGUGGAUUGUAUGAACUCUUAAGUGGAGUCCUCCUCAUCCUGCCUGAUGUUAUGCUUGCAGAUGUGAUGGACAAACUUAUUCCAGCAGACACACUCUUAGUCCUUGUUAACCACCCAUCACCAGCUAUACAGCAAGGAGUAAUUAAGCUAUUACAUGCAUACUUUAAUAGAGCGUCUAAGGAACAAAAGGAUAAGUUUCUGAAGAAUCGUGGCUUUUCCUUGCUAGCCAACCAGUUAUAUCUUCAUCGAGGAACCCAGGAAUUGUUAGAAUGCUUCAUUGAAAUAUUCUUUGGUAGACGUAUUGGCCUUGAUGAAGAAUUUGAUCUGGAGGACGUGAAAGCCAUGGGACUCUUUCAGAAGUGGUCUGUCAUUCCCAUUCUGGGGCUUAUAGAGACCUUGCUAUAUGACAACAUACUUCUGCACAAUGCUCUCUUACUUCUCCUCCAAGUUUUAAAUUCUUGUUCUAAGGUAGCAGACAUGUUGUUGGACAAUGGUCUACUCUACGUGUUAUGUAACACAAUAGCAGCCCUGAGUGGAUUAGAAAAGAAUAUUCCUUUGAAUGAAUACAACUUGCUUGCAUGUGAUAUACAGCAGCUUUUCAUAGCGGUCACAAUUCACGCUUGCAGUUCCUCAGGCUCACAAUAUUUCAGAGUUAUUGAAGACCUUAUUGUACUUCUUGGAUAUCUUCAAAACAGCAAAAACAAGAAGACACAAAAUAUAGCUCUUGCCCUGCAGCUUAGAGUUCUUCAUGCUGCUAUGGAAUUUAUAAGGAGCACAGCGAAUCAUGACGCUGAAAGCCCAACAGAUAUAUCCCUCUCACCUUCUACUCCCUACCAUGCAGUCUUUCAGAAGCAGAAAAGCAUUGCUGGUCCUCGAAAAUUUCCCCUAGCUCAAACUGAAUCUCUUCUGAUGAAAAUGCGUUCAGUGGCCAGUGAUGAGCUCCAUUCGAUGGUGCAGCGGCGAAUGAGCCAGGAGCACCCCUGCCACGCCACGGAGGCGGAGCUCGCACAAAGACUGCAGAGACUCAUCAUCUUAGCAGCCAACAGGAUCAUCUACCAAGAGUUUAACCCAGAAGUUAUUGACAUUUUGAGAACUCCAGAAAAUACAACUCAAAACAAGACUUUGGUUUCUCAGACUGAAAUUUCUGAAGAAAAUAUGCAUGAACAGCCUUCUGUCUUCAAUCCAUUUCAGAAAGACAUGUUGACAUAUCUGGUAGAGGGAUUCAAAGUGUCUAUUGGAUCAAGUAAGGCCAGUGGUUCUAAGCAGUUGUGGACUAAAAUCCUGUGGUCUUGUAAGGAAACCUUCCGCAUGCAGCUUGGUAGACUACUAGUGCACAUUGUGUCACCAGUCCACACUGUGCAGGAGAGAAAGCAAAUCCUGGAAGUCGUUUAUGAACCCAUUCACCAGGAAAUACUGAGAGACUGUCUUAGCCCUUUCCCCCAACAUGGAGCCAAGUUAGUUUUGUAUUUGUCAGAGUUGAUACAUAAUCACCAAGAUGAGUUGGCAGAAGAAGAACUAGACAUGGCAGAACGCCUUAUGAGCACUCUGAAGUUAUAUGGCCACAAGUGCAUUCCAUCCAGCGCCUCCUCCAAACCAGAGCUUCUCAAGACGAUCAUGGAGGAGCAAAAGAAAUAUGAAAUUGAAGACGGCAUGAGUAAAGCUUCCUGGCAGAAAACAGUUAACAAUAAUCAACAAAGUCUCUUCCAGCGUCUUGAUUCAAAAUCAAAGGAUAUAUCUAAGAUAGCAGCAGAUAUCACCCAAGCAGUGUCUCUCUCCCAGGGAAUUGAGAGGAAAAAGGUAAUCCAGCACAUUAGAGGAAUGUACAAAGUAGACCUGAGUGCCAGCAGACAUUGGCAGGAACUCAUUCAACAACUGACACAUGACAGGGCAGUGUGGUAUGACCCCAUUUACUAUCCAACCUCGUGGCAGCUGGAUCCAACAGAAGGCCCAAACCGGGAGAGGAGACGCUUGCAGAGAUGCUACUUAGCUAUUCCAAAUAAGUACCUCCUGAGGGGCAGACAAAAGUCAGAAGAUGUGCUCAAGCCACCACUCUCUUACCUGUUUGAGGACAAAACUCACUCUUCUUUCUCCUCUACUGUCAAAGACAAAGCUGCCAGUGAAUCCAUAAGAAUAAAUCGAAGAUGUAUUAGUGUUGCACCAUCCAGAGAGACAGCUGGUGAAUUGCUGUUAGGUAAAUGUGGAAUGUAUUUUGUAGAAGAUAAUGCUUCUGAUCCAGUUGAAAAUUCGAGCCUUCAUGGAGACUUAGAACCAGCAUCAUUUUCCUGGACAUAUGAAGAAAUUAAAGAAGUUCACAAGCGAUGGUGGCAAUUGAGAGAUAAUGCUGUAGAAAUCUUUCUAACAAAUGGCAGAACACUCUUGUUGGCAUUUGAUACCACCAAGGUCCGUGAUGAUGUGUAUCACAAUAUACUCACAAAUAACCUCCCAAAUCUUCUGGAAUAUGGUAACAUCACUGCUCUAACAAAUCUGUGGUAUGCUGGACAAAUUACCAAUUUUGAAUAUUUGACUCACCUAAACAAACAUGCUGGUCGAUCCUUCAAUGAUCUCAUGCAGUAUCCGGUGUUCCCAUUUAUACUCUCUGACUAUGUUAAUGAGACCCUUGAUCUCAAUGACCCAUCAAUCUACAGAAAUCUCUCUAAGCCGAUAGCUGUGCAGUAUAAAGAAAAAGAAGAUCGUUAUGUGGACACAUACAAGUACUUGGAGGAAGAGUACCGCAAAGGAGUGCGGGAAGACGAUCCCAUGCCACCUGUGCAGCCCUAUCACUACGGCUCCCACUAUUCCAACAGUGGCACCGUGCUCCACUUCCUGGUCAGGAUGCCUCCCUUCACCAAGAUGUUUCUAGCCUAUCAAGAUCAAAGUUUUGACAUUCCAGACAGAACUUUUCAUUCUACCAAUACGACUUGGCGCCUCUCAUCUUUUGAAUCCAUGACUGAUGUGAAAGAACUUAUUCCAGAGUUUUUCUAUCUUCCUGAGUUCUUAGUUAACCGAGAAGGAUUUGAUUUUGGUGUACGUCAGAAUGGUGAGCGGGUUAAUCACGUCAACCUUCCUCCGUGGGCACGGAAUGAUCCUCGUCUCUUUAUCCUCAUCCACCGGCAGGCUCUCGAGUCUGACCAUGUGUCCCAGAAUAUCUGCCACUGGAUUGACUUGGUAUUUGGGUACAAGCAAAAGGGGAAGGCUUCUGUUCAAGCCAUCAAUGUUUUCCAUCCUGCUACCUAUUUUGGAAUGGAUGUUUCUGCAGUGGAAGAUCCAGUUCAGAGACGAGCACUAGAAACCAUGAUAAAAACCUAUGGGCAGACCCCUCGCCAACUGUUCCACACAGCCCAUGCCAGUAGACCUGGAGCCAAGCUCAACAUUGAAGGAGAGCUCCCAGCUGCCGUGGGACUGUUGGUUCAGUUUGCAUUCAGGGAGACCCGGGAACAGGUCAAAGAAAUUACCUAUCCGAGCCCUCUGUCCUGGAUAAAAGGCUUAAAGUGGGGUGAGUAUGUAGGCUCCCCAAGUGCUGCCAUGCCUGUGGUCUGCUUCAGCCAGCCCCACGGAGAAAGGUUUGGUUCUCUCCAGGCACUGCCCACCAGAGCGAUCUGUGGUUUGUCCCAAAAUUUUUGUCUUCUGAUGACCUACAGCAAGGAACAAGGUGUGAGAAGCAUGAACAGCACUGACAUCCAGUGGUCUGCCAUCCUGAGCUGGGGGUAUGCCGAUAACAUCUUGAGGUUGAAGAGUAAGCAAAGUGAGCCCCCAAUCAAUUUCAUUCAAGGUUCACAACAGCACCAGGUGACCAGUUGUGCCUGGGUGCCUGACAGCUGCCAGUUGUUCACCGGGAGCAAGUGUGGUGUCAUCACAGCCUAUACAAACAGGUUCACCAGUGGCACGCCUUCAGAGAUAGAGAUGGAGGCACAGGUUCAUCUCUAUGGGCACACAGAUGAGAUAACCAGCCUGUGUGUCUGCAAGCCGUACAGUGUCAUGAUCAGCGUGAGCAGAGAUGGUACCUGCAUUAUAUGGGACCUAAACAGGCUGUGCUAUGUUCAGAGUCUAGCAGGACAUAAAAGUCCUGUCACAGCUGUCUCUGCCAGUGAAACAUCAGGGGAUAUCGCUACUGUGUGUGAUUCAGCUGGUGGGGGCAGUGAUCUGAGACUCUGGACAGUGAACGGGGACCUUGUUGGACAUGUCCACUGCAGAGAGAUCAUUUGUUCUGUGGCCUUCUCCAACCAGCCAGAGGGAGUAUCCAUCAACGUAAUUGCUGGGGGAUUAGAAAAUGGAAUUGUAAGGUUGUGGAGUACAUGGGACCUGAAACCUGUGAGAGAAAUCAUAUUUCCCAAGUCAAAUAAGCCUAUUGUGAGCCUCACGUUUUCGUGUGAUGGACACCAUCUGUACAUGGCCAACAGUGAGGGAACGGUGAUUGCCUGGUGCCGGAAGGACCAGCAGCGCCUGAAGCAGCCCAUGUUCUAUGCCUUCCUCAGCAGCUACGCAGCCGGGUGAGCCGGGACUGAGCCCCCCAGAGCACUUGACCUCCAGCCUGGAGGUCCCAGCAUUACCACUUGUAGGGGGCUGAGCCUGAAGAGAUGAGGAUGGAACAGACCAUCCAGGACCCACGAUAUCUGUUCCUCCGCACCAAAUCCAAGUCGCCUUUGUUUGCAGGAGGAGAUUUCUGUCCUAGUUCAGUGAUGGUGUGGGAGGUGGGGUCAGCGCACUAGUGACCAUACGAAUCAUGUUUUUCCUGAGUGUCCUUUUUUUUUUUUUCUAGAAGGGCCAGUAGACUUUAAAUUGGCUAAUUAUAUCAAAUGGUCUAAAAAUUGUAUUUUAAAAGUUUUCUGCCUUGAAAUACCCCACACCUACCCUUCAAAAAAAAAGGAAAGAAAACAAAAUAAAAAUUUUCAGGACUUAACAAUUGCUUUCUUUGAGAAGCAAAUCAUUCAUUAGGUGUCUCUGCACCAAUCAUUUUAUGGAAAAUCUGAAUAUGAAAAGUCAGCAAAUGCAUCUCAGCAUUAGGCUUUGUUUGCCAGUUCCCUUCUUAACUCAAAGGAGAACCAGAUUUCUUUUGAAGUCACUGCAAGAAUACCUAUAUCUUUGAUUUCAGAUGUAUCCUGUUUCCUUAUGAAAUUUUUACUUAAAAUCCCUAUCACUAGAAAUUGAAUGUCCUGAGUUGAACCAUGAAGGUUUAAGUGGAAUGUCAUUAACAAUGUCCCUUCCAGAGCAUUCAGCGCUUACUAUAGCAAACCUCCACUGGGCAAAAAAAUCUGCCAGGUGUGCCAGCUCGCAGCCCAGGGAAGGCAGGUCAUCUGAUCCGCAGGAAACACAGUUCAGGAAGGAGACAGAUUACUGUGUUUUAAACGGAGAGCAGAAUGCCUGUCUUAGAAAGCUGUUUUCACUCUGGUCCUUUUAGUCUGAACCACCUGAGGUUUCUGAGGGCAAUAGGAAGCUGAGUGUACUACCUAGAAGACCUGGAGCUCUGAAACCUCAUUCCUCCAGCAUGUGGGACAGUCGCUCCAGCACUGUGGGAACAACCGUAUUUUCACUUGGGGUGCUGCUAUAGUGACUUUGAAAACACUCUAACAUAGGCACGGAAAUGUUACCAUAAAAAGAUGCAUUCCUGCCUCAGAAUAAGUCAUUCACUUAUUACAGAAAUUUAAUUCAGACGAUGUUUACACAACUACUUUUGUAACUUCCAGACUUUCUAAAACAUUCUGCUUAAAAACUAUAAAAUGCAAUUCCAAAGUUUCUGCUGACUGUCAGGAUAAGCACAGUGGCCACAUGUGCUUCUAAUCUUGGGCUGCACGCAUGGGCCCAACCUUGCAGGCUGCGCCCAAGCCGGCACAAGCCACAUUGGUGCAGAGGUGAGAAUUCUCUCUCACAUUGCAGUGAUGGCUUCAAAAAGAAAACACAACUAUUGUCUAGCUUCCAUUUUUUACUAAGAACUUUAAAUUGGUCUCCUGUUAGAACAGGGUUGCUACUCCGUCUUUUUUUAGGGCUGAAUUUCAUCAUAAAGAAAAAUAUGCAAAAUAACUGGUCUUGUUAAGAGUGCAAUAUUCUAUUUUUUUGUAAAAAUAAAAAUUAAUUGGGGUUAUUUAUUCAGCAUGAAACCUAGUAUGUAUAUGUUGGAAACACUUCCUAAUGUGCAUGUAAAACAAAACAUUCCUAUAAAUUAUCACAAGCUCUGUUAUCUUUGUAUACACUGCCACUUUGGUUUGGAAAUAAAUUUCAUAAAAAUAGA